UGUUAGUGCAAUAUUAUGUUUUAUUUUCGAAGUAAGGGAAAAGGGUAAAAAAAAAAAAUAAACCAAAAAAAUAAACAAAAGAACUGGUUUUCCAAGUCACGUGACAAACUUUAUACCUCACAUGACGCUGGACCUGUCAAAAUGGCAACCCGUCAAAGUGAAGUAUUAUUAUCCGGUGAAUUUGUACGAAUUUCAAAGAAAGGCGGACUUUUUAAAGUGACAGUAAAUAAAGAUUGCAUUGGUUAUCACCCUGUGCAGUUCCCCGAAACUUCCGUAGAAACGACUUUUAUUCAGAUAAGCGAUUGUGUUGGAAGUCGAUGUGAAAGGCCAACUUCUGGAGAACAAAAUUGUGGCACAUGGUUGACUGUCAUUUCUUAUCCGUUUCGGAAAAAAGUUUUCACUGGUAAACGAACACGACACCGCGUUACAGUUACAUUCCAGAUUAAAACCAGUGACGAUUUUGAAGAAAAUUCAAGACUGGCAGAAAAAUGGAUGAAUGUAAUUAAUUGUUUAGCCAGGGAAAUUCCAGUUACCAUUGCAGAUCUUGAAUCAUGUGUUCCACCAUUAAGAAAGAAGCUCCUGAUAUUGGUGAAUCCAAAGAGUGGUCCCGGUCGAGCUGUUUCUAUAUUUAAACAAGAAAUAUUACCAAUGAUAACAGAUGCUGAUAUACCAUAUAAAAUGAUAAUAACAGAUCAUGGUGGUCAUGGUGAGGAACUAAUGAAAGAUUUAGUUUUAAAUGAAUGGUAUGGUGUUGUUAUUUUAUCUGGUGAUGGUCUUCUCUAUGAGGUUAUCAAUGGGUUAAUGUCUCGAGAAGAUUGGAAAUCUGCUAUCAAAUUACCUGUUGGUUGUCUUCCAGGAGGGUCAGGAAAUGCCCUCUGUUGUUCUAUAAAUUAUGCAGCUGGUGAACCAGUAUUACAUGACCUUGUUCUUCAUUCUACUUUCAUUUUGAUAAAACAUCGAAUUAUACCCAUGGAUCUGGUUUUAGUUCAGACACCCUCCAAGAAAUAUUUUUCCUUUCUAUCUGUAACUUGGGGUCUACUAGCCGAUAUUGAUUUUGAGAGUGAACAGUAUAGAAGUAUGGGAGAGGCUAGAUUUACUAUAGGUGCUAUUAAAAGAAUUAUUGGUUUAAGAAACUAUAAAGCUCGACUUUCAUUCCUGCCAGUUACUGAUUACAUUCCCAAAAAUAAUCCUGAAAAUAAAAAUAAUUCAAAUAAACUUUUGACCAAGAUACGAAGAUUCUCGUUACGUAGUCACAGUGGCAGUAAAUCAACAGUUAAUUCCCAAGAUGAAAUUGAAGGUCAGAGUUCAUCUGAGGGUCAAAGUUCAAACAUUGGAGAAUCGUUAGAAAAUGGAUUCAAUGUUGAUACAGAUUUGACAGCACAAACUGUAAAUAAUUCUGCAGCAAAUGUUGAAAAUCCGUCAAUAUCAGACGUAAACUUUAACAAUCAAAGUGUAAUCAAUGAUAAUAUUUCGGACUUGCAAAACGGAAACAAAGCCAAAACUGAAAUAAAUGGAGACGGCAGACAUGUUGAAAUACAAAAUGGUGGAAUUUUGGGUGAACCUGUGAUAACCUCUGACUGUACAGUGAAAAAAGAAACUGAGUAUUUGACCGCUGCAGCUGAAAAUGGAGACAUGCAAAUUGAACAGGAAGUAAUUGUAGCCACAAAACGCGAAGGGAUGCCCGUUCCAACACCACUAAUGUCGCCUCUUGAUCAACCGGUACCGGAAGGUUGGGUUGUGAUUGAAGACGAGUUUGUUUUAGCUGGGGCCCUAUAUCAGACUCAUCUGGGAUCAGACAUGCUGGCCGCACCUAACGCGCACAUAAACGACGGGUUUAUAUAUUUAAUGUUCAUUCGGCAGGGUAUUUCUAGAAAUGCCUUAUUAAAUCUCUUUAUGACCUUUAAUGAGGGUAACCAUGUGGAUUCUCCGCACGUUGAACUAGUUCGUUGUUUAGCGUUUCGACUGGAACCACUGUCUCCCGGCGGUAAUAUAAUGAUAGAUGGAGAAAGAUGUGACCCCUGUCCUAUUCAAGGUCAGAUAUUACCUGGUUUAGCACAGCUCAUGGCUAUGAAAUAAUUUAUAUUAACAUAUGUCCAACAUUCAUAAAAACCUAAAUGAUUUAAAAUUACAGUAGGCUGCCAUUCGUAAAAUCCAGGUGGACUGCCAUUCUUAAAGUCAAAGUGAGCUGUCAUUCUUAAAAUCGUUAUGAAUUGUGUGAAUUAAAAUCACAGUUAAUUGGUAUUCUUAAAAUUGCGGUGAGCUGCCAUUCUUAAAACUGUGGUGAGCUGCCAUUCUUAAAAUUGUGGUGAGCUGCCAUUCUAGAGAUCACAAUGAAUUGUAAUUAUUAAAAUCACAGUGAGCUGCCAUUCUGAAAAUCAAGGUCAGCUGACAUUAUAGUUAAAUGUCAUGCUUAAGAUUAUAGUGAAGUGCCAUGCUUAAAAAUUAUAGUAAAGUGCCAUUCUUAAAAUUUUAUUUAUUUACAAUCAAAGUUAAGAGAUUUCUUUCAAACUGAAAUAUAAUUCAUUUAUUAAGGGAUGUGACCUCAUACCGGGCAUGUACAAAUUAUUUCUAGGGGCCCUUGCAUCAACAGUGAAAAGGGAGCAUAUUCUAGUCACACAACACAAAUACAAUUUAUAUGUCAAUAUGAUAGAAAGAUAGAUUUAUUUGGCACAAACAUAUAAUACAAUAUAAAUAAUAAAAUCAUUAAUUUCGGUGCCCCUUUAAUAUUUGGGCCCUUGGCUGCAGCCCAUUUGGCCCUCUCAGGGCUCUCUUAUUCCGAGCCUGCUAGCCAGCGUCAUUGCAUUGCUAGUCUUGAUUACUGAUUUUUAAUUUAUUUGAAAAUUAUUUCUAUAGAUUUCCAUGAUAAAAUAAAUUAAACUUGAAUAUAUUAUUAUUUUGAAUCGUGUCAGCUCUGGAAUAGCUGAGCCAACAAGACUAGAAAUAUAAUUUUAAAACCACAUUUAGUUAUUGAAUUUAAACACAAUGUCUAUGGAAAACACAUACUUGGAUUUUUAAACAGAGCUAUGUUUCUACAAUAAUUCUCUUAUCGUUUUCAUGCAUUUUGAAACGCGCACUGUAUCACAAGGCCUGUCAUUGAGUCAACUGGCGUGGUUUUCGAAUCUCCGGGUGUACGUGACAAGGAGUAGGCUCCUCUGGGUCCUCCAGUUUCCUCCCACUGCUAAAGACCCUAAUGCACAAACGAAUUAUUGAAAUAAAAUCAAACCAUAUGUUAGUCCCGAAAUGACCUAGUUUGUGUCGAGUGGAUGUCAAACCCCAUCUCUCUCUCUCUCUCAAUUCCGGAACCUUCAAUCGAGCUUGAGCAUCUUCUUUGUGUUUAAGACAACUAAUAGUCUUUAGAUCUAUUCCAUUGUCCCAAAUUAAUAUCUCGAGAUUUGUUUUUUUUUUAUAUUAAAUUAUUUCUAUAGAUACAUGUAUAUUUGUUAGUGAAAUUUGAAUAAAUAUAUUAGCCUAAAAUGAAUCAAAGUCUUCCGUGUGAGGCAGAGAGCAAGAUUAUUAUGUAUAAUAAGAAUACCAGAGGAGUUCAGAUGACCAAUAAAUUUUUCUUGUAUA